GUCUAUUGCAGCAAACAAACACCAGACUCAGAGUUCUUUCAAACCUACUUCGAUCUACAUCAUGUUCUUUACUCGUGUUCUCCUUUCCGUCUUCGCUGUCGGCGCCAUCUCCGCCGUCGCCCGACCUGCUGAAACUGUCCAGAAGCGCGAGGACGUCUCCGACGUCUUGGCUGUCAUCGGCACCCUUAAGUCUACCACCGGCAGCAUCCUCCCCCAGCUCGAUGCCCUGGUUAACAGCGACGACGCCACCGAGGAGAACGUUUCUCCUCUCCUUGAGCAGCUCGCUGGUGCCUUCGACACUGGUACCGUGUCCCUCCAAGGUCUCCAGGGCAAAGUCGACCCAAGCAGCGGGGGCACUGAAGAAGAAGUCGCUGAGGAAGUCGCCACAGUGUACACUGACGUCGCCACUUCCCUUGACAACUUGAAGACCAAGAAACCCCACCUCUACCCGCUCGUCCCCAAGUUCGGUCUCGACCUCGCCCUCUUCAAGCUCCUCCUCGGCUUGCAGCUCGUCCUCGCUGGCGUUCUCAAGCUCGUCGCUGUUCUCUUGAAGGCUGUUGGUGUCCUCCUCCAUGGUCUCGGAUUCACCCUACUCGUCGUCCUGUUGGGCUUGCUCUAAGUAAUACUCGGCUCAUCAUUUUGCGUAGUUGACAGUCUUGGAGUAUGGCUUGAGGCGCUUCUUCGGGUUAUUACGGUGUGAUUGUUCGAUAAUGAUUCUGUAUCGCCUGCACUGUUCUCAGUGGUUACGAAUGCAUAACUUCGACUCU